AUGGAUGUGAAGAUAGAUUGGGACUCUGAGAAUAACAUUUGGGACACAGAUGAGAAGCUCUCGAAUUAUUCCAGAAAGACCCCUGAGCAGGUGGGCCACACAUCCAGCCUCCAGAAGGAGGCAGAUGUGAAUUACUUGCAGACAUGCAGUCCCUGUUGUAACUCUUCUGGACCUUCAGGUAAGAAGGAGCUUUCUGCAGAGUUGAAGUGUGAAGACAAAGAAACCUAUGGGACCUGUUAUCAGAAACAAGGUGAGAGUACAGCUGGGGUAUUUGUCCCCUCCAGUACCAACUUGGACCUGCAGUGUGAAGAUAAAGAUUUAGAGCACGGUUCCUCUGCACAGUCCAAGAAACCAGGGAGAAUACUGCGUGACAGUAAUGAAAAUACAGUUCUUGCUGACAGGUUUGUUGAGGACCUGGAACCUCUCUCUGGGGAAUCUUUGCCAUAUCAGUGCGAGAAGUGUGGUUCCUCUUUCCAGGGUAUGAGCGAGCUGCAGGAACAUAAGCAAACUCACCUUGUGAAAAACUCAUACCGGUGUCCCACCUGUGCCAAAGAAUUCUUCCGCGCGGAAUAUUUGCGGAUGCACAAGCUCAUUCAUUCUAGUGACAGGCCGCACAGAUGUCCAGAGUGUGACAAGGGUUUCAUUCGCACGGCUGAUGUCUGGAGGCACCUACGCAGCGUGCACAAGCUAGAGCGCUCCAUGGUGAUCUUGGGAAGCGGCAUGGCCAGGAACCCGUGGUCGAUAGUGCGCCAACACACUGCUGAGGAUCAGCAAAAUUCCAAGGAAGUCGACUAUAAACCUUAUGCCUGUCCAACGUGUGGCAAAGAUUUCGGUAAGCGUAACCUGCUUUCCAAACACAAGGUGAUUCACCAGCAAGACAAGCCCUAUAAGUGUCAGGAGUGUGGCAUGGCCUUCAUCCAGCUGGCCAGGCUGAAAAGUCACCAGCAGACUCACUCUGGGGCGCACCCUUUCUGUUGCGAGGAGUGCGGAGGGGUGUUCACCCGGAUGGCAUCGCUCCGGCGCCAUCACCGCAUCCACACUGGAGAGAAGCCCUACUCUUGCAAUUACUGUGGUCAUUCCUUCACUGAGUCAGGUACCCUACGGAGGCAUGAGCGCACGCACAAAUCGGACAAGUCUUAA